AUUGGCGAGAUUUUGUAACUCAACCCAGAAUAAAGUAGUCGAGCAUUCUAAAGCCCCCGGGUAGUAAGAGGAAGAAGAAAAUGGUUGGCUGCCUUCUAUUACCUGAAAAAAAUACCCAUGACGUCACUGCCCGGAUUGAAUUACUUCCUAAAAGGUAACUACAAGGUAACAAUGUGAUCACAACGAGAUUUGAAACUGCGCCGCGAGCUUGCUGACUCGCUCAGUCUGGUAGUCAGGAGGCGUCUUGCACCCGACACACUACCUCAGAGCUCCACAGUCAUCUGCCACACGUGCAACACAAAGCUCAGACGGAAAAGAACCAUCGUCAACAUGCAACUGUUGUCUUCCUUGCAACUCACCUUGCUCUUUAUUCUACACGCGCCAAGAUCGUCAACGCCGACGUUGUCAGGGACGCAGGUCGACUUCCGGCCAAUAGGUCGAGACGGUGCGUUUUUCGUCUACUCGGCCCACGUCGACCUCUCGUCGCAGCGUUCGUCGAUCGCGGUGGUGGCCAUCGUGAAUAGAACUCAGUAUGGUAGUGGUGCUAGAGUACGAUGUCGGUUCACGAUGCCUGCCAAAAACUUGCUCCUUUCUCGUGUGGGACAGAGUGACUGGGCGACGAUGGUCAACGGUACCCUGAGCAUACUGCCAGAUCAUCACAAUCUCGCUUUCGCCCCCGCACUAGUUAACUGCCCUUUGCCCAACUCGCCGAAAGACAAACGUCCCAUUAAGGUGACCCUCAACCUAGAGGGGGACAACUCUACAACCAGCGAGCUGCACAUCCAGUAUCCGCAACCACGGCGCUGGAAAUUCCUGAUCUGCUUCUCCCCCCUUCACAGGGAGUUCAACGACGCCAACCUGGUCGUUCACAACCUGGAGCUGGCUCAGAUCCUCGGCGCCGAGCACGCAGUGGUUUACAACACCAGCAUCGGCGCCGACGUCGACAAAGUCCUCCGCUACUACGUCAGCACGGGCUUCCUGGAGGUCAAGGGAUGGCGCGACCCCCCGGAGCCCGUGCACUACAAGGCGCAGAUGGGGGCCAUCAACGACUGUCUGCUGUACGGCCGCAACAGCAGCGAUUUCAUAGUCUUUAUGGACUUCGACGAGAUGAUCGUUCCCAAGUACCACAAAAACUGGUCGGAGUUCAUCCGAGAUGUGCAGCUUAACUACAACUCUUCGGCUCUGGCUUCCUCACAGAAAGGUUCCCUCACACACAUGAACGAUGCCCUGGUCACAGCCCUCAGAACUCCGCGAAAGGUCAAUGCGACGACCCAAAGGUCAAUGCGACGACGCAAAAGGUCAAUGCGACGACGCAAAAGGUCAAUGCAACGACUGGGGCGACACCUCCAGGACACAGCACUCCACGUCCUCGGCCAGCCCUGGGGCUUAUGCCUUCGUCAGCAGCGUGUUCCUCUGGGACAAUGUGACAAAUUUAACUGCCCAAGACUUGAAGUUAGCCAAUCAGCUUCACAUCACUUUUCUCCUGAAGCAAAGGCGAACUGUGCAGAUAUGGCCAGACCGCUCCAAGAACAUCGUGGAUCCCCGGGCGGUGAAAAUCAUGGGCAUCCAUAGAGUCCACACAUUCCUCAACCAUCACACCACGCUUCUGGUGAACGAGACUGUGGCUUUGCUGCAUCAUUAUCGCUGGUUUUCUCCUAGUGUCCCGACUGUCAAAGACAUUGGUGUUCUGCGAUUUGCACCAGGACUUGUCAGAAGAAUUAAAAGCGUGCAAGAGAAACGAAGCUUGACCCCCAAAAAUAAAAUAAAUAAUGUACAGGAAAUAGGCUAAAUCUGUCUACGACGAAAAAAAUCUGUACCAAAAAAGUAGACUUGUUUAUUUUUUUAAAAAUUGUUUUGUAAUAAAGUUGAUUUAUAUUGCGCUUUAACUCCACCACCGAAGGCUCAAAGAGAUUUACACACAAUAAAAACAGAAAAAAAUAAUAGUCAUGUGAGCUAAUCUCAAAACAAAGAAUUCAUUUCGUACCCGGUUAUCGUUGAUACGUCGAGAAGAAAAUGCUGGCCAUCAGAAUAAAUGUGGUCUGCAAUCUUUGCCAAAGUAACAAUGGAAUAAUAUUGGACAUGACACCAGAACUGUCAGAUCAUAUUUUAGUUUUUUUUUUUAAUAUCCAUCACGUUUUAUUUUAAAAAUAUUUCAUGGUGCUUUGUGGUUUAGCCAACUACAUGUCGAUCACACCUUUUACAUGCGUUUGACAUAAUGCUUAUUGUGAUACUUAUCACAAAAGUCUUUUUUUCUAACUGAAGGACAUGCGCAGAGGAGAUAAGUCACCAUAACUUGUUCAUGGAUGCUGCUGAUGCCUUUCGAACCGUCAUUAGAAAAGUGAUUUACCCUUGAUGACACUUGGCCGCGACAAAUGUUUAUAAAUAUCAGCGAGAUACAACAAUAACAAAGGUGAACAGAUUUAUCAGCUUGUUACUUUGUUUUUAUUUAUUGUAAACAACAUGCUCUAUCACCAUAUUUCACUAGAUGUCAUGGAAAUGUGUCAGGGACUUCAAGGAGUGCUCUCGUACUCAGUUCAUUUUGAGGCAAUAAAGAAAUGACGAGUGAGUCAGGUCAUCACAAAGCCCGUUAUAAUACAGUAAACAGUUUUACUGUCGUCUGCCUGACAACGUGAUUUACAAGCACCUGGCAGCAGGUUGUGUGUCCCUAGGGACUUCAAAGUGUCUGGCGAGGUCACCUGAGAACGUUGUCAGGGUUGAGGUGCGUUCAGCGCUCGGAUCGUCGAGAUAUUCAUGGAAACUUUGGUGGAGACACCGAUGUCUCGAUUUGCACGCACACUAAACAUUGAAACAAUCUCACUGUGUGCUCACUAUAUCACCGAUAGCUAGGUAUUCAGAGAGACUGUGAGUGUGUGUUCGGGGAGAUACACCUGUCCGACAAGUACACACGUGUAUAUAGGUAGGUGCGUAAGUAUUCAUGUCGCGUUGUCUGUUUCCAUGUGCGUGCAGUGAGUGUGAAUGAGUGAAGAGGGAAGCCAGAGAAACAAAAGAAAAAAGAUGCUGUUGCUCUAGAAAUAAAAAAUAAUCUAAAAAAAAA